AUGCUGGCCGGCGCUUCGAUUGCGGUGAAUGCGGCUGUGACCACACGCAAAGCUGUUGGCUUCCUGAAAGAGGUCGCUUGCAUCGAAGACGAGGGCUACUUUCUCUGGAAGCUGGUGGAUUCAGUGUCCGCCCCACUGGAGGCGGCGUCGCGGCUGAGCACCCGCUACGAGGCCUGCCAGGUCCUGGAGCCCGCCAUCGAGCUGGGCCGCUUCGCGGUGCGCCAGGUCGAGCUUGUGCUGGAGCGAGAUGACGACGAGCAGCAGCUUGGGAGGCCCGAGGACAAGGCCGGCUGGAAGGCCUGGCUCAUGAGCAAGACCGACGGGCUGACGCGGAAGCAGCGGAUCCUGGACUUGCAGCCCAAGCUGUCCAUAGCGCUGCAUGCCUUGCAUGCGGGCUUGACUACUGUCAUGGUACAGAGCCCGCUGCUGAGACCAACCUCGCCCUUCAGAUACCUCGAGGCGGCUGCGGAGGACGCCUACCGCCUGCUGCAGGAGAUGGAGUUCGGGCGUCUGCCGGAGGGCCGCGCGGUGGCUUCUGGGCGACUGCACGCGGGCUCGCAGCUCAGCGGCUGGCAGGAGUUGGGCUGCUGCGAGGUGCGCGUCACAUCUGCGCCCUUGGCUCUGCAGCUGCGGCCCGCCCAGGACGACUCCAAGGACUGGGACAUGGUGACCUUGCCGCUGUCAAGAGACACCUUCAGCCUGCAGAGGAAGCUGAAGUUCCAGGUGAAAGCGAUGGACUGUUUGCCGCAGGACAACAAGGUGCUCACGUACCUCAUGUCCGCCCAGACCCGGCGGGACUACCUGCUGGAGUUCCAGUCGGUGGGGCGCCUGGCGGCGGAGACCUUUGAGGCGCUGCUGGUCAUGGCCAGCCGCACUGACGCCGGAGAGUACCUCUUGGCUGACAGCGUGGACUUGGACAACUUGCAGCAGACCAUGGAGACCCUGGGCUUUGUUUUCGCGCCAAGCGAACAGGACAGCCUGUGA